CGAUGUUGGAUCUAUAAAAUUAAAAAUAUAUAAAUAAUAUUUCUAUAAGUACUAUUAUAUUUUUGUCGAUAGUUGAUCGGUUGAUAUUAUAUUUUUAAUUUUAUAAUAAUAUUAUAAUCUAAUCUAUAUGGGAUAUUAUAUUAUUCUAUUAUUCGGUGGCAAGACGGGACGACCGUUGAACGUUUUUAUUUCUGUUUAAUUAUUAAUUUCUCUCUCCCCUAGACCCCCUUCUCACUAAAUUCACGCCGACGGCCGACUGGCCGAUUACGAAUCAAUUAAACUUGGUGGGGAUAUCACGAACGGCGGCGCGCGCUAUAAUAAAUCAUUUAAAAAUUAAUAUUGAAUACGCAGUCCUCGAGUUUUCUACGGUCACGUUAGACGUACAGUGCGAGUGACUGUAAAGGUAAGUGCCGCCGUGACAUGCUCAAGAAGGACCUUUAAAGAUCUUGUAAAUCACUUUGAGCAAGUGGACACUCACACGCACACGCGACAUCAUGAGCGAUUCCGUGCCUUUGCCGCCUUUGGUCAAGUUUUUCAACGGUGGACUAUCCGCGACCGUGGCCACCGUCAUAGUGCAUCCGUUGGACGUGCUAAAGAACCGCAUGCAGAUGGCCGGACGCGACGUCACCGCCACUGAAGCCCAAAAGUCUAUGGGCGGUAUCGUUCGUUCCAUGAUCAAAGAGAAGGGCGUUACAGCCUUUUAUCCUGGUUUGUCCGCCGGCAUCCUCAGACAAGCCACAUAUUCGACUACACGGUUGGGCAUGUACAACUCGUUGUUCACAAUUAUGACCGGGGAAGACAACAAACCACCUAACUUGUUGGUGAAACUGGGCUUGGCCCUAGUAUCCGGAGUGACUGGCGCUGCUGUCGGUACCCCGGCUGAAGUAGCGCUCAUACGAAUGACGUCAGAUGGACAAUUACCAUUGUCUGAAAGACGUGGUUAUACUAGUGUGUUUAACGCAUUAGCCAGGAUUGCGAGAGAAGAAGGUAUUGCUACAUGGUGGAGAGGAUGUAUCGCCACAAUGGGAAGGGCAGCUGUUGUCAAUAUGGCUCAACUUGCAUCAUAUUCUCAAUCUAAAGAAAUUUACCUUAAAAGCGGUUAUUUCAAAGAUAACAUUAUAUUGCAUUUUGCUUCAUCAAUGACCUCCGGCGCCAUUACAACUGUAGCCUCACUCCCAGUGGAUAUUGCCAAAACUAGAAUUCAAAGCAUGAAAAUUAUUGAUGGAGUACCAGAAUAUACUGGCACAAUAAAUGCAAUGGUCAAAGUAGUGAAGAAUGAAGGUUUCUUCAAUUUAUGGAAGGGCAUUGUGCCAUAUUUUGCUAGAAUUGGACCUCACACUGUAUUAACAUUUAUAGCUUUAGAAAAGUUCAACGAGGCAUAUAAAGUUGCCGUGUACGAUCGUCAGUCAAAAAAAUAAUGUUAACAAUAGUUAUUAUCUAAAUAAUUUAUCCAUACAUUCUUACAAUUUAUAAUUGGUUUUUGUAUAGUUUUAUUUUUUUUGUUAAAUAUUCUGUUGAUUCUUUUUUUUUUUACGUUUAUCAUUGUUAAAAGUGAAUUGUUUUCCCCAAUCUUAAUCUAAUUUUAUGUCUUAUAGAAAUCUAAAAUAAAUAAUACAUUAAGACUGUAAUGACAUUUCGUAAAAUAUAUUAUGUACUCAAUAAGAAUAAUUAGGAUUGAGCAAUUUCAUAGACUAUUGAUUGGAAUUGAUAACAUAAUAUUUUGUGAAUCUUAACUGGCUGAAGCAAUUUUUUCUAAAUGCCGAACUGCGUCCUUCAGCUUAAAUACUAGUUCUUGAAGUUCCUGUAUAUUGCAGACGAAGUCAAUGAAUUUUAUUGUACCAUUGUCUAUUGUCUUCAGCCGCACUUUGUAUAAGAAUUCUGAUACGUCAUCAAAAACACUAGACUAAAAACAAAUACAUUUAUUGUUAUUGUAAUAAUUAGUUAACUAAUGUUAUAGUUUAUUAGCACAUCACAUUGUUUACAUAGUCAUAUAUAAGCUGAUAAUGAUAUGUAACACGACAAUAAUUUUAAAAUAACA